AUGUGUCUAGGAAAUAUCCUCUUUUGGAAAUUCAUCAACGCCGAGGAUGGUGGGCCAGGGUAUACGUGGUCCUCAAUCGCAUUGACAGAAGACUUCAAACAGAGGAAGAUGCCUUUGCCUCUGUUGGUUGCUGAUGGGCGAAACCCGGGGGAAACACUCGUCGGAUGCAACUCCACCGUUUAUGAGAUCAGUCCCUGGGAAUUUGGCACAUUUGAUCCCUCGAUCUUUGGCUUUGUGCCCUUGAAAUUUCUCGGGUCUCGGUUUGAUAAUGGCAAAGUAUCUGCCCAUGUCUGUGUUGAAGGCUUUAACAAUGCGGGAUUUAUCAUGGGGACAUCCUCUACGCUCUUUAAUCAAUUCAUCUUACGGCUCAACACCGCCGAUCUUCCUGAGAAACUGAAGUCAAUUCUUGGUGGUCUUCUCCAAGGCCUCGGUAAGCAAAGCGAUGACAUUGCAGUCUACUCCCCAAAUCCAUUCUACAACUACGAGCAUGCCACGAUUGCUUACACAAAUACCCCCAAUCUCAACGUCGUCGACGGUGGAGAAGAUAAACAAAACCUCCCACUCCACCCGUUGAUUCAACCAAUACGCCACGUCGAUGUGAUCUUUGCUGUCGACUCAUCGGCAAGCACCAAGAACAAUUGGCCUAGUGGCAGUCCUCUGGUGGCAGCCUAUGAACGCAGUCUCAACUCUUCAGGAAUCGGAAAUGGAACUGUCUUCUCAAGCAUCCCAGACACAAACACAUUCAUCAAUCUCGGCUUGAACACACGUCCAACCUUCUUCGGUUGUAAUAGUUCAAACCUCACUGGUCCAGCACCACUUGUUGUGUACAUUCCAAACCACCCAUACACCAUGCUCUCGAACAAGUCCACUUUCCAGAUGGAAUACUCGAUUGCCGAAAGAGACGACGUGAUUGAAAAUGGAUACAACGUUAUGACAAUGGGAAAUGGAACCAGAAAAGGAUAUUCUGACUGGUCGACAUGUGCAGGCUGUGCGGUCCUCAGUCGAUCUUUUGAUCGAACUGGUACCAAUGUGCCAGAGUUUUGCAGAGAAUGCUUUGCAAAGUAUUGCUGGGAUGGAACCCGCAACAGCACGGAGCCGGGAUCUUAUGAGCCUGCGCUGAUCGUUGCGAAUAAUUCUGCGGCCAAGAACUCAGCCUCUUAUCUGCUGGCUUUCCUGGCGUCGGUUCUAGUGCUGGGUCCCGUGCUGGGUUAA